AAAAUGUAGCGCUUACAAAAUACAGAGACGAUCUUUGCAGGAAGGAAGCAUCAUUCUUACUUUUCAGGAUUAAUGACACGUAGUUAAAACACGACCAACAAUAUAACACUCUGAGUAAGAGGGUGUGGGGUUUCCUCGUAGUACAUAAUGGAUGCAAACCCAUUGUACAUCCGGGCAUUCUGAAGGCUUGCACUCUGGGCUACAUGCAGAGGACGCCGUUUCUCCACUCCACGCCCAGGGGAAAGUCCCCGGACCCGAGGCAGAAAGUGCCCUGGAUGAUUCCAGUUUCGGCUCGCGCUCUACCGUCAGAAGCUAAGACGUUCAUGUGAACAGAGCUUGGUGAUUGCUUGUCGAAGUUGUCAGCUGCAAUAGUAAUGCAAGUGAGCCAACACUACCGCUUGAACAGAACGGGGCUCAUUCUCGGAAUGUCCAUUUUACAAAAAAGCAAGGCAAACUCUUCAGUGAAUGGUAACUGCGAGACACAUGUAGUGUCCAGCAUGGACUCUUAAACACACGACAUGCGCCAAAAGUAAACCCAACUUUUAGAGCUCGUCAAAUAUGUGUAUUUUUAUGUGAUUAUUAUCCUUUAUAUCACUACAUUUAUUGUUUCACGUUGGUUUUCUCAAGUACCAGGUAACAUAGACAUACGUAGACGCCGCAUUGACUGGCUGAGUCGUGCGUCAACGUCGCCGCCAUGUUGAAUGUGGCAAUAUGUAAAGAUGCGCGCACACAGAUACGUAGAAACAUCAGAAUCAGCUUUAGUGGCCAGGUAUGCUUGAACACACAUGGCAUUUGUCUUUGGUAAACUGUUCUCUCUUUGUCACUUUGAAACAUGCCUCCUGAUUGUUGUUAUACGACCACACCGGUGUACAUUUUGACGUAUUACCAUUAGAAGAGCUUUCCAAAUGUACGCAACAAAUGUUUUGUAGAAGUCUCCACAGCCUUAACAUUAACUUUUAAACACUCCUUAACUGCUUAAAACAGUGUGAAACACCGGGACACUUGUUAAACGUACUGUGACUCAUUCGGUUAAAAGUCAUGUGAUUUUAUUUCUCAUACAGCAGCUGUCUCAUAAAAAAGGUCAGUAUAAAUGAAGUCAUCAUAGAUUUUGAAUUACGUUGAUGUGUUUAGUGUUAAUUAUAAACUGUCCUUUCAUCCUGUAUUUGAAAGAGUGCUUGUUCAAUCGGUUAAAAUGUCUCAAGCACUUCGUCCUCACGUGAAAUAAAACACAAUAUAUGGACAACUUAAUACGAUGCAAUUAAGUAAACGAUAUUCUUCAAUGUGGGCAUUUAAAGGCCACAGAGCAGUGGUAUGAAAAGGAGAGAGGUAAAACCGGGUAAAACCGAAACGAAAUGCACGAACAAGCUGAAAAAAGGAAAUUAGAAUGAUUAAAUAUUUGGAGCAGGCUAUGGAUACAGCUGAUCAAAGCAACAAGAGUCAACAGAGCUGCAUGGAAGUAGACUACUGGGUGAGUAAUGUGAUCAAAAUGAGUACAGUGAUCAUAGUGUAACAGUAACAUGAUGGGCAUAUAACAGUAUAAUAGUAAUUACUGCAUGUUUUUUUUUAUCAUGAAAUUAUAUUUUAUACAAUUAAAAAAAUGUCUACAAUUUCUGUAAUGUAGUUUAUCUAUCAUUCCACUAAAGCAGACUCACUGCCAGUUGUAGCCUUUUAUUAAUUUGACAAGCAGACCUUGUAUGUUUUUUUUCUAAAUAAUUGUCGUUUGUAGUACUUAUAUUGAUUUUAAUCCUGUAUUAUAAAAAUGAGUUAAAAUCAACGGAACUUUAUUUUUCCAUAAAACCCACAUUUUUCACAUCUACUGGUAUUAGUUUACCCGCCACAUUUGAUAUGGCGGACGCGCUGACGUGUCGGGGCAGCAGGAACGCACAGUCAAUGCGGCGUCUACGUGCGUCUAUGCCAGGCAAGCUCUCACAAGGCUAGGCUAUGGUAUAUGCAGGGUUAGCUUGUAAAGGUCGCCAUCUCGAGGUUGAAAAUAUGACGUGCAACUGCUUAACGUCAGGCCAAGUUUCUGCCAUAUAUUGGGGCAAUCAAAUGUAAAACUUCAAGCUAAAGUAGGCAAAUAAAAACCAAAACUUUGAACAAAAGUUUGACUUUUUAUGAAGUCCAAGGACGUAUUCAUUUUGGCAGGAAAACUUGUUCUUUAAUAACUGAACCUUCUAACUAGGUCUUGAAGAUGUCAGUUGUUAAUAUUUUAAAUAAAACUUGAAUUAUAUUUUAAUUGAUUCACAUGUCGAUUUACUUAAUCUGUCUUUCUUCACGUUCAAUCUGGACAUUAUUUCCACCAAAACAAUUAAUAAGCUGUAGGCGUAUCACAAAAACUGUCUUCACAGUAGUUUUAAUCAACCCUGAUUGUUAUGUAGCAGUGUGGCAUUGUAAUGAUCUAAAGGUUGGUCCUGUUUAAUCAACGUCUUACCAACAAACAUGACGUCAAUUUGUAAGAAUGUUGUCUGCUUCAUUGUUAUUAUUCUGCAUUGUCUACAAGUGAAUUUGCCAGCAGGUCUCCAUUUUCUCUGUGGUGUCACCUUCCUGCAUGGCAGAGGAAGAACAAAGACACUUGUUUUUCCCUGGCAACACCACCAGAGGGAGCACUGGGAUUACAACAUCCCUCCUAAUUCCCCUUGACAUGAUGGCAAACACAGACACACAUGACAGACUGUAUACUACUGGAUUAGGCAGCACAUGGAGAGAUUACAGCAUCACAUGACAGACCCUCCAAAUGGUGCCUGCCAGUAACCUACUUCCCACUCUGAGCCACCCCAUCAUUCAGUUGGUGUGGGUGUGGACUCAGGCAGUAGCAGCACCACAAAGGUUCAGCUCCUCCCUGCUGUAUCCUGGAGAGACAGGGAGAGGGAGGGAGAGACAGAGAGAUCAGGGUCAGCUUGAUUCCAGUCUGAGUGACGAAGGCAGCGUGUGUGCAAAUGAAGAGGAGAGUGUGUGUGCAUGUGUGUAAGAGAGGACGAAUCAGGGUGGGUUAGAGGGAGAGUCAAGGGGGGGUGGGAUUGUGUAUGUGAGAGAGGCAGAGAGGAAAUCCAGGCAGGAGGAGGAAGGGGACAUAAAGGGAGGAAGGAAAAGGGGGUAAGGAGGAAAAAGACAAGACAAGGGAACCCAGAUUAAGAGGAGAAGAUGGCUGAGCCGGAGCUGAAAUCGCGGAGCAGUCGGGAGAGCGUUGCCAAGGCGGUGAGCCAGGAGAAGAUGGGGGCAGCAGAAGCAGACCCAGACCAAGAUGGUCUGAUUGUCGAACAGCCAACAUCUCCAACCACCCCUAUGGUCCCUGAUGCCACUGCCACAAGCCCCACCAGCAGCUCACCUGCCAAAGGGGAGAAGAUCCAGCUCAAGCGCAGCAUCACCCUCUUCAACGGUGUGGGAAUGAUCAUUGGCACUAUCAUCGGCUCUGGCAUUUUUGUUACUCCGACAGGCGUGGUCAAAGAGACCGGCUCAGCUGGGCUCUCCCUGAUAGUUUGGUCUGUAUGUGGAGUGAUCUCUACCAUGGGUGCCCUGUGCUACGCCGAACUGGGAACAACGAUCACCAAGUCAGGGGGGGACUACACCUAUAUCCUGGAGGUGUAUGGUGAACUGGCGGCCUUCCUGAAGCUAUGGGUGGAGAUGCUAAUCAUUCGGCCUUCAUCCCAGUAUGUGGUGUCUCUGGUUUUUGCCACAUACCUUCUGAAACCUCUCUACCCAAACUGCUCCGUCCCUGACAGUGCUGCUAAGCUCAUUGCCUGCCUGUGUCUUAGUGAGUGA